GGAAAGUAGCUAGAGAGUUUGAUAGACAGAAAUAACUUUUAGAAUUCGCUUUUCUCUAAUCUGAAUUACAAUGUGCCUUUUAUAGGCGUAUACAAAUCGUAACUGCUAUCGAUAAUAAUGACUAAUUAAUUACAACAUUAAUACGGAAUUAAAUACAUAAUUAAAUAACGCAUUAAUUGCUUGACCGUUAUUUUUCCUAGCUGGCAGGUCGGUCGGACUGACAGGCUCCCCGCUGGACUGGUAGAUAGGCUCCAGGUUGUGGACUUGGAUCCACGGGUCCAAGUUCGGGGCUUGGGCCGAUUAGGCUCUGGGCCUAGUCCUAUUACUCCAUCACGAGUCCCCCACUCCCUUAGUCGAGUAGUAAACUCGGCUAAGAGGGAGUAGUCCAAGUCAGUUGCUCUUCUUCGAGACUGGAAGAUCCCCGCCCUUGUCCAUGUCGGGGAGAUGCUUCAUUAAAAACCUUCAUUAGGAAAAAACCCAAUGGGAAAAAAUCCCAAUGAAGGGAAAAAGAGUACACCUGACGCCCCCAAGAUGAAGAAGAGGUGAAAUCCUUAGCCUUUAUUGCAAUGCUCGCCAUCUGUGAAGAGGACGACUAGAACCGUUCUUCUCGUCGGGCUUGAACUCAUCAGGCUACUCCUCAUUCAAUCGUACCUACACAUAAAAGCAACAGGUGUAUAAUAGAGCAUUUGGUCUGGUGUUGAACCACGACUCAGUGAGUGAGUGAGUCGGACUCACUACUUGAAAAGAGUGACAUCAAUUUCCCAAGUUAGGCCUCAACCCAGUCUCCGAAAGGAAGAUUGAAUUCGCAAGUAAGUGACUCGGAGUCACCAUUCGAACGGAUAAUCCAACCCCACAGAACUAAAGUAUAUCGACCUUUUCGGGAAAUGUGAAUGUCAAUUAAGUGAGUGAGUGAGUCGGACUCACUACUUGAAAAGAAUGACAUCAAUUUUCCAAGUUAGGCCUCAACCCAAUCUCCGAAAGGAAGAUUGAAUCCGCGAGUAAGUGACUCGGAGUCACCAUUCGAACGGAUAAUCCAACCCCACAGAACUAAAGUAUAUCGACCUUUUCGGGAAAUGUGAAUGUCAAUUAAGUGAAAAAAUUGCUCGGAAGAGCGUGGCUCUAGGCCCCUAACAAGAGUUUAACUCGCCGCCCGAGGUUAGUAGUUCGAACCCGCAAGUAAAAACUUUUGAACGGGUGACUCGUCCCCCGAGGUCGGAGUGUGAUGCACUAGGAAGAGGUAAGAGCACGCAAGAACUCGUAUGAAGUCAAGAGUGUGAGGUAUUAGCAUUUACAUUGGAGCUUAUUAAUCGUCACACCCAUAUGACGUGACCCGGUGGCGCGAGUGUGUGUGCUCGGCCAAUGUACGAGUGUGUGUGCUCGCCCGGCGUACUUGAGUGAUUAGAUUUCAUAAGUCCGUUGGUCAAUGUUAAAAUUACAUACGCUUGACAAGAGUGAAAGCAAUUAUAUCACUCAAAAUACUCUUGGAAUGAUUCAAUUUGUGAUUUUUUUAUUGAAUCAUUUUAUAAUUUUUUGAUCGAUGAUGAUGUAAAAUUGAGCAGUAUACUUAGCUUUUCUGUUGUUUGGAAGAAUGGAAGCUUGGUCCAUACGAAAAACCAGUUCAAAUGGGUUUGGCCCUUAAGUACUCCAGGCCCGAAAAUCAACCUAGCAAAGUUUGUGGUGUUGAACAGCUUGCCUAACACCUUGUGCUAAGCUUCUGGCAGACCGCAGACGGAGACUUCCAGAAGGGAGGUCCUUUGGCCGUCACAGAGGCAGAGAACAGCCGCCGUCGCAGUAGAAAGGAAGCCGGCUACCGCCACUGCCAUCGGAUGGGUCGUCUGCCAUGGGAAGCUCCGCCCGGCCUGUGCCAUUGACUGGAGUGCCCGAUCGGAGGGCGGCCGUUAGUGCGGCCUAGAGGACUCGCGUCGCCCGGAGCACCAUCAGAUUUACAUCAGCGGCCCAAGAGUUUUGUCGCCAAGCUACACCACCUGAUCUGGGGAUUCAGCUGCCGACCUCAGGGCACCGUCCGCCUAAGGGAACUCCCGGCUUGGAUUCGCCGGCCUGAGAGGGUGCCAGACUUAGGUUAAUUCGUCUGGUCAGUACAACUCUAGGCGAGCGGACGAACAGGGCUGAGAUGGAGAUGUAGGUGGCCUACGAACGAUGCCUAGAAGCUUCUGAUCUUGAGCGUCGGUGUCGGGCUUGAGGUUCUCUCCUUGCCAGCGGCCAUUAAUGAUGGAUAUCCAAGCUCAGUUUCCCAAGGCGAACAAAUCAGAAGAUAUCGCCGGAAACUUUACUUGUGUAGCCAAUUGCCGAACUAAGCCAACCUAACGUAGAUUAGCCAGCCGCAUCCCCAACCCUAAUUACUCGAUCGUCCAUUUCAUCUUCUUCUACUGCGAAUCAAAAUGUCAUCUGCAUCUUCAUCACCUGCCAGAAAAGGACGAACCAUUACUCUUGAUUAUGAGCCGGCGGUGUACUGUUAUUGUGCUUUGAAGGCCCCCUUGUGCGUAGCUCGGGAGAGUGGGAGAACAUUCUACGGCUGCCAAAAAUGGAAGGUUGGAUGUGGAUAUUUUGUGUGGAAAGAUUCUCUGGAAAGUAGAUAUGCAGUUCAUGGUGAAGAAGUGAAUCAAGAUAUGUUUGAAGGAAAGAGCAUGAUCUCCAAGCUAGCUGACCAGUUAAGCGGAGUACAAGGAAAAAUUGAAUGUCUUCAGGAGGUUGUUGAAACUGAAGCGAAGGAUGCUAAAAAGUUUAGAAAAGUGGUUGGAGUUGCUGUUAUUGCAGUUCUGGGUUUCCUUACCAUGGUUUACUGUAAUCAGCUUCAAAUGUAAUACUUUGAGUAGACUAUAAUUGUAGUACUUAGGAAGCUUGGUCUGCAUUUUGUACUGCUGUGUAAGACUCGGUUGGAAUGCAUUAGUGUAAUAAACAAUGAGUGAUGGCCUUGAACUUGUGUUGUACUAUCCUUGACUCCUUUAAUAAAGUGUGUGUAAGAAUUGAUUGCUUGGCCUACUUUUUC